UGUUCAUCUACCCUUUCUCUCUUCCAUCUCUUUUCCAUUUCUCUUCCAUUUCUCUACUUAAGAAUGGAAAAAGCCAUGGACUUCAGUACCCUCGAAAUAGUUCAGAAAUUCCCAAACUGCCCCGUCUUCCAUCUCUUCUUAAACAACCCCUCUCGCCACAACGCUCUUACCCUUCCCUUCUUUUCCGAAUUCCCAAAAGCCAUAUCUCUGCUGGACGAAUCUCCUUCCGUCCGUCUCAUCGUAUUGUCUGCUCGCGGCAACAAUUUCUGCUCCGGAAUCGACAUCUCAGCCCUAGAUUUCAUUUCCAAGCCCCAACAGUCCGACGACGCUGGACGGAUCAGAGAACGUCUCCGUCGUCAGAUCAAGGGUAUGCAGGACGCUGUAUCGGCUCUGGAGCAGUGCCGGAAGCCGAUAGUCGCCGAAAUAAACGGAGCUUGUAUCGGUGGCGGGAUCGAUAUCGUAACGGCUUGUGAUAUCAGGUAUUGCACUGAGAAGACGUUCUUCUCGGUGAAGGAGGUGGAUCUGGGCCUUGCGGCGGACCUUGGGACGCUCCAGCGGCUGCCCAGGAUCGUUGGUUUUGGAAAUGCGAUGGAGUUGGCCUUGACAGGCAGGAGGUUCUACGGCGCAGAGGCUAAGGAGCUGGGCCUCGUCUCCAGGGUCUUUGCGUCCAAGGAGGAGAUGGAAGAGGGUGUGAGAGUGAUUGCUGAGGCCAUAGCAGCGAAGUCGCCCCUUGCAGUCACCGGGACAAAACAGGUGCUGCUCAGGAGCAGGGAUAUGACUGUCGAUCAAGGUUUGGACUACGUGGCGACAUGGAACUCGGCGAUGCUUAUUUCGGAUGACCUUGGGGAGGCCAUCUCAGCCUAUACUCAAAAGAGAAAACCCGUCUUCGCGAAGCUCUGAUGAGGCAGGGCAAAGGUGCCAUCUUAAGACACGAGUGUUGUUGUUGUUGUUGUUGUUGUUGCUUUGAUGAGAGUAAUGAUAGAAAUAACAAGAAAGAAAUAAUGGAGAGAUAGAAAAGGAAUUUGGAAAAUUGAAGACAUUCUCUAAUAUUAUGUGGAAUGUAGAGACAUUAAUCUCUCUGAUUCAAUCUUGUAUAGAUGUGGUGACUUGUUUUGUUUCGGGCUGAAAUGGAUACGAUUUGAACGGUUUUUCCCA